AUGGACCACACGGCCGGCCUCAACGACCGCUCCCUCGCUGCGAUCCUCCUUCGCCUCCCCUCCCCGGUCAACGGCGUCCUUAUUGGGGAGAUCUUGAGCCCCACCUUCUUCACGAGCAACCCGGAGCCCCCGGGGCUCUCCGGCGUCGUCAGCCGCUGCAUCAACUUCUCCCUCGACUCCCUACCCGAUGUCGAGCGCUGGGCCCUCGCCGACACCCGCGACGGCAUCCUCCUCUUCUGCGCCAGCUUCUCCGCCCACGACCGUCUGCAGAUCCCCAGCCACUUCGUCGUCUGCGACCCCGUCACCGGCCGCUCCGUCCUCAUCGGCGACGCCCCCCUCCACGAGAGCGCGUACCUGGGCGCCUCGCUACUGCUCACCGAUGGCCGCCUCUCCUUCGAGGUGAUCGUUGUGACUUACUUCAUGUGGGGCCCGCGCCUCCUCGUCUUCUCCUCGCACUCCGGGGGGUGGACCGUCCACCCCUACGCCGACGUCGGCGGCAGGUCCAUCAUGACGAUGCUCGGCAGCGUCGGCUACGACAUGCACGCCAACGGGUGCGUCUACUGGGUGAUCAACGACGAGGAACACGAGGCCAGUGAGUACCUCAUGGCGCUCGACACCCGCGUCAAGCCGCUUAGCCCACAAUCCAAAAUAGAACUACCGCUCCGAUUCUCCUGUACGCGGCCUCUGGGAUGCUUCUCCCGCAAGCGGACCAAUUUUUCCCUGAAACCCCUCACCCCACUAACACCUGCCGUCCGUUCCCCGCGUCUGUCCGCCGCCGACUCCGGCCACCACCCUCCACCGGUUCCCUGCCCAGAUCUAGCCCGGCUCCUCCCUGCUGAGCAGAUCCCGUUCGCCCGCCUGCUACUGUUCCUGCUCGCCUGCUGCUGUUCCUACAGGAGUUCCUGUCCGCCUGCUGCUGUUCCUGCCUGUAGGCAUUGGCUCGCAGAUCCCGUCCGCCUGCUGCUAUUACUGCCCGCAGGUGCUGAAGGUGCUGGCCCGCAGAUCCCAUCCGCCACCCUGUUGCUGUUCCUGCAGAUCCCGUGCUGGCUCCCCCCAGGUGUUGCUGUUGAGAAGAAGGUGCUGCUGUUGAGAAGGAUUGUGCAAGAGCAAGAGCAAGUGGCAAUGCUUGGUCUGGACUACAUGGCAUCAUCUAGUAUGAACAAGAAGAAGAUUACUACUACGAUACCAAGGAUGACUGGAAUACAGUGGGUUGAGUUGCAACUACAAGAUUCAAUGGAGUGCUUUAACAUGUUCAGAAUGAGGAGGUCAGUUUUCUUAAGUCUUCAUGACACCUUAGUACAAGAUUAUGGAUUGAGAUCAAGUAGACAAUUUUGUAGCAAGGAAGCAUUAGGAAUGUUUCUAUGGGCUUGUGGUGCACCUCAAUCUUCUAGGCAAUGCAAGAAUAAUUUUUGUCGCUCAUUAGAAACUGUUAGUAGGAAAUUUGAAGAGGUUCUUGAAUCUAUCAUGAGAUUAGCUGUUGAUAUUGUGAGACCUAAGGACCCACAAUUUUCUACUGUUCAUCCUAAACUACAAGAAGCAAGGUUCUGACCUCAUUUCAAAGAUUGCAUAGGAGCAAUAGAUGGUACCCAUAUACCUGUAACUGUGCCAUUAGCUGAUCAACCGAAAUACAUUGGCCGGCAUGGGUAUCCUUCACAAAAUGUCAUGGCGGUAUGUGACUUUGAUAUGCGGUUCACAUUUGUUGUCACUGGUUGGCCUGAUUCUGUCCAUGAUACUCAUGUAUUAUUAGACACGCUUCUCACAUACAAGGAACAAUUUCCACAUCCUCCCGAUGGUAAGAAUGAGUUAUGUUGCAAUUUAUUUUCGAGAGAAUAUUUGCUCAUUGUGAUAUAACAUAUAAAUAUAACAUGCAUACAAGUACUAUCUUGUUGACUCUGGAUAUCCUAAUAGAAAAGGAUUUCUUGCACCCUACAAUGGACAUAGGUAUCAUGUUUCUGAAUGGCAGCAUAGUCAGCAUCCGGUGGGAUUGAAAUAAGUGUUUAAUCAUACACAUUCAUCACUUAGAAAUGUGAUUGAGUGAUCAUUUGAAGUUCUAAAGAUGAAGUGGCACAUUCUCUUGAAUUUGCCCAGUUAUCUGGUUAACAAGCUGCAGUCCAAAAUUAUAGUUGCUUGUAUGGCCCUUCACAAUUUCAUUAGAGAUAGUGCCGUAUAUGAUGCGCAUUUUGAACAGAAUUUUGAGGAAGAUGAUGCUGAUCCAACCCAACCUAGCACAGAUGGUGGUGGUGCUGCUUUAGGAGAUGACAUGGAUAUGGGUGCAUUGUGUGAUGCUAUUGCCGUCGCUAUGAUUUCGUGCUUCGUUGUUGUACCCAUGACGGAUGUUUCCAUACUAGACCGAUCUAUCCUAUCAAUUUCAUAUUAUUGUAAUGCAAUUUUUAUUUAACAAACUCCAAAGACAUUAGAAUUAUUGUCUUCUCCUCAGAUUCACAGCAA